AUGCAGCGAUGUCGCCAGAGGUUACCGAUGCUGAAAGUAUCAUACCGACCGCUCUCUCUGAACGGAGCCCGGAACUAUGCGACAACCGUUUCAGGUAACCCAAUUCUGGGUGUUCACUACGCCAAACAGAUUCGUGCCAUCGAAGCGAUUAAGCAGGGAUCAAACCGCCCGCUCACACUAGCCGAAAAGACCCUAUACAGUCAUUUACUGGACACGGAAAGCGGUCGCUGGAAUAUUGAUAAGAUUGCCCGGGGAAAGACCAUUUUGGAGCUGCGCCCCGACCGAGUCGCCUGCCAUGAUGCGACCGCAACAAUGGCCUUGCUGCAAUUUAUCAGCGCAGGCCUUCCGCGCGUACAGGUACCGACAACAGUGCACAGCGAUCAUCUCAUAAUCUCGGAGAAUGGCGCAGAAAAGGAUAUGCAGCGUGCGACCACAGAACACGCAGAGGUAUAUGACUUCCUGAGUAGCGCUUCGAAGAAGUACGGGAUCGGCUUCUGGAAACCUGGAUCUGGAAUCAUCCAUACUGUCAUCUUCGAGAACUAUGCGAUGCCAGGAGGUCUGAUCAUUGGAACGGAUUCCCAUACCCCCAAUGCAGGUGGAAUGGGCAUGCUUGGAAUUGGCGUUGGCGGAGCUGAUGCUGUCGACGCUAUGUCGGGAAUGGCUUGGGAGCUGGUCGCGCCCAAAGUAAUUGGAGUCGAACUUACGGGUGAGCUCCAAGGCUGGGCAUCAACAAAAGACAUCAUCUGCAAAUUGGCCGGAAUACUCGGCGUGUCUGGCGGGAAAGGUCGCAUCAUUGAAUUCUUCGGUCCGGGUACGGAGACUCUGGGCGCGACAGCUAUGGCCACCAUUUGCAACAUGUCUGCGGAAAUUGGUUCGACUUCUUGUAUAUUCCCUUACUCGGAUGCGAUCGCUCGCUAUUUGAGUGCCACUUCCCGCGGUCAUGUUGUGAGAGCAGCAAGCCCAGUCAAAGACCUUCUGCUCACCGCCGAUAAGGGCUCCGAGGAGUACUAUGACGCAAUCAUCAAGAUCGAUUUGAACACUCUGGAGCCGCAUGUCAACGGCCCAUUCACACCGGAUCUCGCCCACCCCAUUUCAAAGCUGGCUACUGCGGUCGCUGAGAGUGAUUGGCCAAUGAAUUUAAGCCACGCCAUGGUGGGUAGCUGCACCAACAGUUCCUAUGAGGAUUUGGACAAGGCCCGGCAGCUGGUCAAUCAAGCCCGGGCGGCCGGAAUAACCAAGUUCAAAACUCCUUUCUUGGUCUCGCCGGGCAGCGAAAGAAUCCGGGCCACCGCUGAAGAGGCUGGUAUCCUGAAGGAUCUCGAAGACGCCGGUGCUAUGGUUCUGAGCAGCUCGUGCGGACCAUGUGUCGGGUCAUGGGACCGCAAGGAUGUGGAUGUUCGCGGGAAAGAGAAGAACUCGGUGAUAUCCAGCUACAACCGUAACUUUGUGGGUCGCCAUGACAGCAACCCGGCUACUCACUCAUUUGUCACGUCGCCGGAGCUGGUCACGGCCUUUGCUUAUGCUGGUCGCCUGGACUUCAACCCUGUCACCGACAGUAUCUCAGCGGAAGGAUCCCAGCCACUGCGGCUUACGCCUCCCGUAGGCCAAGAGUUGCCACAAUCAUUCAAUCCUGGUGCAGAUCGCUUCCAAGAGCCCCCGUCAGACGGCUCCUCUUACUCGGUUAUCAUUGAUGAGAAGUCCGACAGACUACAGCUCUUGGAGCCCUUCCCAGCUUGGAAGAGCGGAAGUGCUACCGACAUGGAGUUGCUGAUGAAGGUCAAGGGCAAGUGUACGACGGAUCAUAUUUCACCGGCUGGUCCGUGGUACAAGUAUCGUGGCCAUCUGGAGAACAUCAGCCACAACAUGCUCACAACCGCAACCAAUGCAUUCCUAGACAACGACCCGCAGAUGCUAGGCCACACGAGACAUCCGCUGACGAACGAGGUCCAGCUUACUCAUGAAGUGGCCCGGGACUUGAAGCACCGCUCCAUUCGUUGGUGCGUCAUCGGAGAUAACAACUACGGUGAGGGCAGUUCGCGUGAGCACGCCGCACUGGAGCCUCGCUUCCUCGGUGGCAUUGCCAUCAUAGCUCGGUCUUUCGCUCGUAUCCACGAGACGAACUUAAAGAAGCAGGGAAUGCUCCCGCUUACAUUCGCUGAUCCUGCUGACUAUGACCGAGUGCAAGAGGGAGAUCGCAUCACUCUGAUUGGUGUAGAAGAUGGAGAGCUGCAGCCGGGCAAGAAUGUUACCAUGCGGGUUACUCCGCGCCGUGGAGACAGCUGGGAGGCUGAGUUGUGCCACAGCUAUCAUGCCGGACAGCUCCCGUGGCUUCGGGCUGGCAGUGCCUUGAACCAUAUUAAGGCCAUGGUACAUAGUUGA